AUGGACGAUAGAUCCGGUGACACGGAACUCCCACCAAAUAACCCGACCAAUAUCCCCGGACACAUCCUCAAAGCAUUGCAAUAUCUCACGGUAUUUCACGAUACUGAGGACUUGCUUUUCGUAUGCAGUUGGCUGGGCGGGUUUGCCUUGAAAUGGUUCCGAAAGUUGGCCCAGGAUAAGAACCCGCUCACCCCGACAUGGCAGCACUUGGAUGACUCGGAAAUUCCAUUAUAUCGUUUGAGCGACCAUGUUUGGAUAUGGAAGGCUUUUGAAGGUAUUGAACAGUUGAUCCAACAUGUCGAGAAUACACAAAGCAAAAUGCCUCACAAGACUUGGGAAGAAUUCCUUCGCAUCACUAGGCAUCUUCCACAUCGAGCGACGCGAAAGUUUAGUGAUGAUUUCAUUCUUGACUUCACAGCCGAAGAAAUAAGACAACAGAAUCUUGGCCGCUUUUCAGUAGAGAACGAUAUUCUCAAGAAGCGCAUGCUUAGUGUUACCAGAAGUGCUCGUGAGACCCGCUUCCUGCUGCAUUCUAGAGACACUGUCUUGUACUACGGCCUUGAUUGGGGAUUCUUCAGUGGGGCGAAAUUGGUUUGGGAGCAGCUUGCCAAAGCACAGACUCAACAUAAUGAGGUCAACAAUGAUGAACCCCAAUGGGAUAACCCACUUCGCUACGGGCUAGCGAUCGAAAUGGCUAAAGAGGGUCAUCGCCUUGAGCGCACCCUCGCGCCAGUUGAGAUGUUCGACCAUGCCCAAGAUAUCAUCUUGAAAUCUUCGUCCGAAAAUGGUCUUUUCCCGGGACAGCUGGAUGAUUUCAGCAAAGAGCCUGCACUCUUUGAUCGGGAGCUCUUCCGCGACUUCUAUUUCCACGUCGGCUUUGAGAUCCCAUAUAUUCUCCUGCGAACCAUAGAGCAGCCAGGACAACAAAUUUCUGAAAUGCCUCCGAAAACACCCGGACAGAGGAGACCUCGAUCUGAAACGCGGGAAUCACCAGUUCAGAGGAAAAGAGAGCUGUCGCCGAUGCCAGAGCCGGUAGUCGGGACUGUACCCGGAUACGUCAAUACGCAAGACGGCAGAGCAUUCGCAACCCAGCGUACUUUGAAGCAACUAACCCCAUACGGAAGGAUCGCUGAUUUGAGCAAUAUAGUUGAUGUGCCUGAAGAAUGGAUUUAUCGCCAACAGGAUUUCCUUAGCUUCAUCCCACCGGCGGAUCAACCGACGCUCGAUCUUCUUCAAAGCGAAGCUCCUAGUGAGAUUAAGAAAGCCAUGGAACAAUAUCUAUUCAGAAAUGCUAUUGACCGGACAGUCACAAAUGUUCCACCUCGUGGCAAUUGCCAUGUGUCAAUCAGCGAUGUACGCAAGGACCGAAAGGAGAGAAAGUGGUCCGUCGAAGAGAGAUCCGCUACCUAUUCGAUUUUAACAUACAAAGAGCUUUGGUUUAGACUCCAGAAAAGACGAAAUGCCGAAUAUAGCAAAAAGAGGCUAAUUUACUUGAGAUCUCCGGACUACAUUGUCGCUUCUUUAUGCUACGUUGCAUCCCCAGAGCUCGAAAGGGGCAACGUUGCGCAAUUCUUCGACCGGCAUGCCAAAGUUCACGCAAACUGGCUCUAUGAUGACACUGCGGCUGUGCUUAAUAGCUGGAUAACAGAGGUUCACUUCCGAUUUUUUCAAGUUAUGUCAGCCGAUGUCGGCGAAAUUCCUUCGCAAGAACCGACACCUAUUCGGCAGAUCAAGUCGCAACGAUGUGGUAUAUCGGGUGAUAAUGCAUACCUCGUUGAUGCCAUAAUCAGCUUUCGCAUAUCUGGUGAUUUCUUUGAUCGCUACUGGACUUGCUAUGUAGCUCAGCAAUUUGCAAAUCCCAAAGACCUUGAGUCCCCUCUCAUAAGUGAUCUCCUUGACCAAACUGCGCAUUGGCAACAGAGGAAGGUGUUGGAGCUCAUAUUGAUGAAUCUCGUUCUGGAGAAAGUAUCCACCAGUACCAGUUUGAUUCUUCGACGAAUCCAACGAGGCGCUGGGAAUAAAACAUCUGAUGUGGAAGAAAAAUACUUCUCUAAAGAUAGUUUUGAGGAUCGAAAGCUCGGAGAACUUCGAGAAUGUUUUCAACUCCUUGCCAUCCUGCAAGAUAAUAUCGCCAGUUUACAGAGUCUCAUCGAGCAAUGGAACAGCAGGGAAAGCUCGCGGGGACGUGAACGACCACGCUGGACACGCAGCGAUGAGCAGAAAUAUCGAAAGCUGAUCAACCAAAAGACGGCUCAAUUUGAAGAUCAAAACCGGCGUAUCAAAGGCAUUGCAGCGACGAUCGAGUUCCUCAUUGUACUGGUGACAAAUGCCCAGCAUGCGAUCAGGGCUGAAAAGUCGCUUCGCGAAGCUGAGAAUAUCACUCUUUUUACAUAUGUGACUGUUUUCUUCUUGCCUGUCGGCUUAGCUGUGAGUGUUUUCGGCAUGAACGGGAUACCUGAUCGUACCACGAUCGUAUCAAUGCUCGUCACGGCAGCAGUUGCUCUGCUAAUCACAGUUGGUGUGCUCUGGCUCGUUCUCAGCCAUCUGAUUUCCUUCGGGUUCCGCAGUGCGUUCUCGGUAUUCAAAACUAGAACUAGUCUGCAGAGGCCGGUAGAUUUUGACGGCGGGGGGGCCGCAGGAAGAAUACCCCAACCAAAGGAUUCGUCGACGGCUAUCUCUUGCGUAUAA